CUCUAGAAAAUCCAAAUCUAGAUAUGAUUGUUUGUCAAAAUUGAAUCUUAAUCUUUACGUAAAAAAAUAAAAUAAAAUUGAAUCUUAAUCUAGAAAAACAACAUGGGAUUUGCUUAAAGAGUUGUCUGUCCUCUAAGACAAGUUAUUAAGAAAGUAUUAAUAGCACACGCAAAGAACAAAAACUCGUUCUUCAAUUUUAGGGUUUUAUUAAAUUCUCAAAUCCUCUUUCAUCAAUCAUCAUGGUCACCAAAGUCAGAAAACCAUCUCAUGCUGGUUCUUGGUACACUGAUAAUCCUAAGCAGCUUUCGGAAGAACUGGAAGGAUGGCUGAAUUCGUGUGGUUUGACUAAAUCUUCUGAUGUACGGGGUGUAAUAGCACCACAUGCAGGUUAUUCCUAUUCAGGACGAGCUGCUGCAUAUGCCUUUGGAAACAUUGAUCCAUCUAACAUUAAACGUGUUUUCCUACUUGGUCCUUCUCACCACUAUUAUACUCCAAAGUGUGCUCUUUCAACUGCAACAGUCUACAAGACACCCAUUGGGGACCUGCCUAUUGAUUUGGAAGUAAAUGAGCAGCUUAAAGCUACAGGAAAAUUUGAAACGAUGGAUAUUCGAGUUGAUGAAGCUGAACAUAGCAUGGAAAUGCACUUGCCAUAUCUCGCUAAAGUAUUUGAAGGGCACCCGGUGAAAAUUGUACCCAUUUUAGUUGGCGCUGUUAGUGCUGAGAAUGAAGCUAUGUAUGGACAGAUUCUUGCUCAGUUUGUCGAUGACCCCACUAAUUUCUUUUCUAUUUCAUCCGAUUUUUGUCAUUGGGGAUCUCGAUUCAAUUACACGCACUAUGACAAAAAACAUGGGCCUAUUUACAAAUCCAUUGAGGCCUUGGACAAGAUGGGCAUGGAUAUCAUAGAAUCUGGAGACCCUGAUUCAUUCAAAAAGUAUCUGUUAGAGUAUGACAAUACAAUCUGCGGACGCCAUCCAAUUAGUGUUUUUCUCCAUAUGCUGAAGGACUGUCAAACAAAAAUAAAAAUCAACUUUCUUCGCUAUGAGCAGUCCAGUCAGUGCCAUAGUACAAGGGAUAGUAGUGUUAGUUAUGCAUCUGCAGCAGCAAGGUUGAAUGAUUCAAGCUCUAGUUGAAGAUAUCACUUUCUUUGACGGGGCGUCCAGAAUUUAAUUUCCUGUUAAACUGAAUAUUUAUAUUUAAGCUUUGAACAAAUGGACAUCAUGUUUCUUGGUUUUUUUAGCAAACAUUAUGUUCCUUGUUUGUAGAUUAUUAUCACUAAAAUAUGUAGCUCACCUCUAGACUGGGAAGUUGUCAAAUAAUGAAAUUCCAUUACACUCCCAGUUGGUGUUCUAAACUAACAUGCUUUUGAACAUAUGAUUUGAUUAUGUCAUGGUUGCAACUGUUAAAUCCUUA